AUGUCUUUAGAGGCGGACAGUAGAGACCUCACAUGUUCCGCCGCCUCUCCUCCCCCUUCCGCCGGCGCAAGCAGCCGUCCGCGACCGUGCGCAUGCAUUCUCUCGUCGCUGUCCGCGUACGGUACCACGGUCGUGGCUGGCACUCCAGAUGCAGCGCUCACGGGCUGCGACGAGGUGUCCGCCGCAGGGAGGAAAGCAGGUGCGGCGGAAGAAGUGGACGCGCGGGGAGGAGGGUUGUGUGCGCUGACCUCUGCCGCUUCGAGCGUCAAGUCUGUGUCGCAGGUAUUGCCUGGAUUGUUAUCGCCGGUGUCGCCAGGAAUGUUGGCGGAAGGAGGGGUAGCGGUUCUAGAGAGUGCUGAUCGGCUGACAGCAGUAGGCGGCAGGCAGCAGGCGGUAGCGCUGAUGCCCCAGCUGCAGGAGCAGGCGGACGAGGGAGGCGCGGAUGACGCAGAGAAAGAGCGCCAGGGCGCAGCGGAGCGGCAUGGGGAAGGGAAGGCGGAGGGGCAAGGCGAAGUGGACGGCGUGGGGGGCGGCGGAGGAGAUGACAGCAGCGGUGGAGAUACCUCAGCUCGUCCGUUGCAUCCAGACCAGCAGCAGUCGCCAUCAGUCACUGCGGCACCGUUGUCGUGGCAGGAGGCGUUUCGGCAGCGGCUGGAGAGUGAGAGGGCAGCGCAGUGCCCCCAGUGCCGCAGGUCGCGCUUUGUUCCCAUCGUGUACGGCUUCCCAUCAGCUCCGCUGGUGGCAGGCAUGCGCAUGGCACAGUGUGUGCUGGGAGGGGACCAUCUCACAGACUACCCAGGGUACAACCCCCUGUGGGUGUGUGUGGGGUGCACCACCCGGUGGAGGAAGUAUCCUUAUGCUCCUGACUGCGAAGGCCCCUACUUCCCGCCCUCGCUCUCCACCUCAUCUGCCUCGUCCACAGGCAAUGAGAUUGACGACUUUGAUUCCUCUCAGGACGCACCCGCGCCCACUUCUACCCCUCCAGACUCUGCGCCUGGUGCGCCGGCCGCCGCCGCGACUGCUCCGCCUGCCGCUCCAGGAGCGCUGCCCGUCGCACCCCCCGCGACAACUCCCCCGGCUGCGCAGACCACCGGGGCACCGAUCGCGCUGUCUGAUUUCGAUCAGGCGAAGCGCAAGGCGGAAGAGCUCGCGCAGAAGUUUCUUAACGCGGGAGGCGCGAAGCGGUCCAAGUUCGACGACGGGCCGCCCGCAGGCGUUGCCGCCGCCGUGGCUCCUCCCGGCGUGAGCGGCGCGAACGGCGGAGGCCCGCCGGGUGGUGUGGCGAGCUUCGCGCCCGGUCCUCCCGGAUCGCAAGGCUAUGGCGCUGGCGCGCAGCAGCAGAGCCAGCCGCCGCCGUACUACCAGCAGCCGCAGCCGGGGGGCGCCGCGCCUUACUACGAUCAACAGGGCGGCGCCGCUACGCAGUCAAAGAAGAUCGACGUGCCGAACACGCGGGUGGGGCUGAUCAUCGGCAAGGGCGGCGAGACGAUCAAGUACCUGCAGGCGCAGUCGGGCGCCAAGAUCCAGGUCACGCGCGACAUGGAGGCGGACCCGCGCGCGCCCACGCGCCCCGUGGAGCUCACGGGCACGGCGGAGCAAAUCGCGCAGGCGGAGCAACUCAUUAAGCAAGUGCUCGAAGAGUCAGCCGCGGCCAGAGCGGCAGGAGGUGGAGGUGGUGGAGGAGGCGGAGGAGGCGGAGGGGGAUCGUACCCUGGAGCACAGGGUGGAGGGGAGACGGUGACGAUUAAGAUCCCCAACAACAAGGUCGGCCUCAUGAUUGGUCGAGGUGGAGAGACGAUUAAGAGCCUUCAGGCGCGCUCCGGUGCAAGGAUUCAGGUGCAGAGCGAUCGCGAGGUGGAGCCGGGGUGCACGGAGCGCAACGUGAUGCUGAUGGGCAGCAAGGCGCAGACGGACAUGGCGCAGGACCUCAUCAAAGAGGUCCUCGACGACGUAAGUUGCCGCUCCCCCCCUUCCCCUCCCUCGCGCACACCUCUUUUCCCCCUCUUCUCCCGCCUUCCUUCACACCCCCCACUCCACCUCCCCCUCCCUCCCCGCUCCUCUCCCCUCUUCCUCCCCUCGGCCCGUCGUUCUGGAGCACAUGGGGUGCUGAAAAGCUGUGUUGCCCCACCCUCUCUGACUUCCGUCCGCCCCUCUCCGCCUCCCUGUACGUACCUCCCUUACAUCUCCCCUCCACUUUCCCCACCUUCCCUCCCCCCGUCCCCAUCUCCCCCUCGCCCCCAUGACGUGAUCCAUCUGAGUGCCAUGCGAGCUAUCAUUAUCGAUCAUGCCUUUCAUCCAAAUUUUCUGCCUUUCUGCGUCUCUUGUUUGCCUUGUGUGCUCCCCCGUUCCCCUCCCACCCUUCCCGGCUCUCCUGCAUUCUCUUCGCUCCUUGCCUUGCCCUUGUCCCCCCCAUCUUGCUUGCUUGCAUGCCUGUGCUUGUGCUCGUCCUGGCCCUCCCUCCUUUCGGUCUCUCCCUUCGCCACGCUCCUCCUUCUCCUUCCUCCCCCACUCCCUUGCUGUUGUAUGCUUUCUUGUAUGCCGGCCCCAUCCGCUCUUGCCUUCCUCUCUUGCCUCUUCUCUUGCUCGCUUGCCCUCGUGCCCUCGCCGCUCGUCCACCCUCUCUCCCCCCCGCGCGUCCUUGGCAAUGCAGCCUCGACGUCAGGUCCCGGUGGUGGCGCGGAGGGGGAGGCGGCGGAGGGUACGGGGGCAGCAGGGGGGGUUACCGCUCGGGCCCGGGCGGUUGGCAGGGCGGAGGGGGCGGCGGAGGAUACCAGCAGCCGCCCCCGGGCAGCAGCCGCAGCAGGGCGGGGGAUACGGGGGAGGGUUACAGCCAGGGGCAGUACGGGGGGCCGCCGCAGCAGUACGGGCAAGGGCAGGGCUACGGGGGGUGGAUACGGGGCGCAGGCGGGAGGAGGCGGGGAGUACCAGCAGCAGGGGGGGUGGGGCGCGGGCGCACCACCAGGGGGGCAGCAGCCCCCGCCUGCCCCGCCAGCGCAGCAGCCGCCAGCCGCACAGCCACCCGCGCAGCCAGCAGGAGGCGCACCAGCAGGGGGAGGGUACGAUUACUAUGGGCAGGGCGCACAGGCGCCCCCCCCUGCUGGGGACGGGGGGUACGCGUAUGGCGCUCAGCAGGGCGGGCAGGCGGGGUACUAUGGGGGAUACCAGCAGGGGUACCCGCAGCAGCAGGGGCAGCAGGCGCCUCCUGCGGGGUAUGCAGCAGCACCGGGGGGGUAUCCUCAGCAGCAGGGGUAUGAUCAGCAGGGGUAUGGGCAGCAGGGGUAUGCCCAGCCAGGGUAUGGUGCGCAGCAGGGCGGGUAUGAUUACUACGGGCAGGGGCAGCAGGCGCAGGGAGGGCAGGAUGCGUAUGGGCAGCAGCAGCAGCAGCAGCCCCCGGCGGGGGGGCAGCAGGCGGCAGGGCAGGGGUAUGGUGGAGCGGAGGGUGGUGCGCAGGGAGGGUAUGAUUACAGUGCUGCUGCCCCGCCUGCUGCCGCUCCUCCUGGCGCCGCUUAG